AUGGGUAGAGGACCAAAGAAGCACCAAAAGCGUUUGAGCGCGCCAAACCACUGGCUCUUGGACAAAUUGUCCGGUGCCUAUGCUCCUCGUGCAUCCGCCGGUCCACACAAGCUUAGAGACUGCAUGCCACUCAUCGUCUUCAUCCGCAACCGUCUCAAGUAUGCCCUCAACUCUCGCGAGACCAAAGCCAUCCUCAUGCAACGCUUGAUCAAGGUCGAUGGAAAGGUCCGCACCGACGCCACAUACCCAGCAGGUUUCAUGGAUGUUAUCGGUAUCGAGAAGACCAGCGAGAACUUCCGUUUGGUUUACGACACCAAGGGACGUUUCACCGUUCACCGUAUCCAAGCUGAGGAGGCAGAAUAUAAACUCGCAAAAGUCAAGAGAGUGCAAUUAGGCAAAGGCGGAAUCCCAUUCUUGGUCACGCACGAUGCUAGAACUAUCCGUUACCCAGACCCAGCCAUCAAGGUUAACGACACUGUCAAGAUUGACAUUGCUACUGGAAAGAUCACCGACUUCAUCAAGUUCGACACCGGUGUUAUCGCCAUGGCUACUGGUGGUCGUAACAUGGGUCGUGUUGGUGUCAUCACCCACCGUGAACGUCACGAUGGAGGUUUCAACAUUGUCCACAUCAAGGAUGCCAUAGACAACUCCUUCGCUACCCGUGAGAGCAACGUUUUCGUCAUCGGAGCUGAGAAGCCAUGGAUCUCUCUACCAAAGGGUAAGGGUGUUAAGCUCACCAUUGCUGAGGAGAGAGACCGCAGACGUGCUCAUGCCAUUGCUGGUAACUAA